AUGACAACUUUACCUUCAAAGACAGAACUCAUGAUGGCUAUUGCGGAGGCUGAAGAAUCCAAUCGACGCACACAUCACCAGGUAUAUGAGGAAUUGAGACAAAGACACCCAAGCUGGAGUCUAAAUAUCAGAAGAAUUAAGAAGCUGCGAGGGAAGCAAAAAGAUGAUAAAGAAGAGAAACCAUGCAUCGCCAUGAGGAUAUUGGGCAAUAUCAUACUCUCAGCAAGCGUAACUCAGGGAUUACUGCUAUUACUGGAAAAUCUUGAGCCAAUUAGGCAUCGCAGGCCAAAUUCCAAUGUUAAAGCACUAGCACUAGUGGAAGAAUUAUUGCCUGAAGGCCGACCUGAACAUCCACUUGUGUUAUUUCCAAAGGAUCAGCACAUAUCAUGCUGGUACUACCACAUCUACUAUACCGCAAGGGCACACGAUGAAUGUGCUUAUCAUCCUGUGAUGUUGGCGAUAUACGGUCGAAAAUAUUGCCCUCGAGGAGACAUGAUAAUCGUGAAAAACGGGGAAGGAUUUACACCCCAAUCAGCUGAAUUUGACGUAGAGAGAGAGGAACUAGGAAAGACUCUAUGGUGGUAUAUCAGAAGUGGGAUAGAUCCACUGAGAGAGACUCAAGAGAGGCGCAUGAUGCGAUAUAUAGAACAACUUUAA